AUGCUCAACUUUGCUGUCACAGGUGCUGAAGCUCUUAUGCUGGUCACUGCUCGUGGUGCUGAAACACUCAGGCUGCUCACUGUUAAUGAUGCUCACACACUCCGGCACAGAGGGGAUUUGGGUAAACCACUGUCCGUGGUGCUGAAACACUCAGGUUGUCUGGUCGCUGUCCGUGGUACUGAAACACUCAGUCUUGUAGCUGGUACUGCUGCCAUCUUGUCUCUCAUCACCUCUUCCAGACUCCAGGAGGAGAUUCUCCAAAAAGAGGAAGCUGAAAACAACCUGGCUGCUUUCAGGGCGGACGUGGACGCUGCCACUCUGGCUCGCCUGGACCUGGAGAGACGCAUCGAGACGCUGCAGGAGGAGAUCGCUUUCCUCAAGAAGAUCCAUGAAGAGGAGAUCCGCGAGCUGCAGAUGCAGAUGCAGGAGUCUCAGGUGCAGAUCCAGAUGGACAUGUCCAAGCCGGACCUGACGGCAGCCCUGCGAGACAUCAGAGCCCAGUAUGAGGGCAUCGCUGCCAAGAACAUAGCAGAGGCCGAGGACUGGUACAAGUCAAAGGUAUCCGACCUGAACCAGGCGGUGAGUAAAAACAACGAGGCGCUGAAGCAGGCCCGGCAGGAGACCAUGGAGUUCAGACACCAGAUCCAGUCUUACACCUGCGAAAUCGACUCGCUCAAAGGCACCAAUGAGUCCCUGAUGAGGCAGAUGAGGGACAUGGAGGACCGCCACGGACGUGACACCGGCAACUUCCAGGACACCAUCGCCCGGCUGGAGGCAGAGAUCGCCAACUUGAAGGACGAGAUGGCGCGCCACCUCCGCGAGUACCAGGAUCUGCUCAAUGUCAAGAUGGCGCUGGACGUGGAGAUCGCCACCUACAGGAAACUGCUGGAAGGAGAGGAGAGCAGGAUUGCCUUACCUGUGCAGAGCUACUCCACCCUGAGCUUCAGAGAGACCAGCCCUGAACACCAGCAGCGCUCCUCUGAGCUGCAUUCAAAGAAAACUGUCCUCAUCAAAACCAUCGAAACCCGUGAUGGAGAGGUCGUCAGCGAGUCGACGCAGCACCAGAAAGACAUCAUGUAACCAUCUGCAGAAGAGAAGAAGAAACAAAAAAACAGCAACACAUCUGUACUUCUCUGAGUCGGACGGAUGAAGAAAACAAGAAAAGACGCGCAAAUAAAACUAAAAUUAAAAAAGACUUCACAGAC